UACUGUCUGUGUUGUCAGAAAAUUUGAAUUUUCUAACUGUUUUAUGUUGAAAUGGAAUGUUAUUAGAAAUUUUAUUAGAUUGAAAAAUCAUAAUAUAUUGUUUAAUUGUUUUUAUUAAAAAAUGGAGUGCAACACUGCGUGCCUCGAUCCGUCGUUGGAAAAACAACUUACAGGUCAUCGUAGCAGUAUAACAGCAUUAUUUUAUAAUCGCAAUGAAAAACAAUUAGCUAGUAGCUCAUUGGAUAAUAGUAUUUUGCUAUGGGACCUAUGUGGUACCAUGAAAAGCUAUAGAUUUCAGGGCCAUGAAGAAGCAGUUAUGGAUGUAACAUUUUCACCAUCAGGGAAAUAUAUGGCUUCUGCAUCUCGUGACAGAACUGUCCGAAUAUGGGUGCCAACAGUCACAGGCAGUACAGGAGUGUUCAAAGCACAUUCACAAACUGUGCGAUCAGUUCAGUAUAGUCCAGAUGGAACCAAGAUAAUAACAGCAUCAGAUGAUAAGAUAGUCAAAGUAUGGUCAAGCGACAAGCACAAGUUCUUAGCUUCGUUCAAAGGGCAUACCAACUGGGUGCGAAGAGCCUCAAUGUCCAUUGAUGGUUCUGUGAUAGCAUCAUGUUCUGAUGAUAAGAGUACUAGGCUUUGGAACCCAGACACAGCAGAAUGUAUACACACAUUUAAAGAUCAGAAUAGUCAUGGGAUGUAUCUAGCUUGGCAUCCAUCUAGUUGUUAUGUUGCUGUGGGCACAUCUAAAGGGAAUAUAAAACUUUACGACAUAAGAACACAUAAUCUUGUUCAGUACUACAGUGUACACAAUGAUGCUGUGACCCAGUUAGCAUUUCAUCCUAGUGGUAGUUACAUAUUGACUGCAAGUAAAGAUGGUAAAAUGAAGAUCUUAGACUUAUUGGAAGGGCACCCAAUAUAUACUCUGUCUGGGCAUAGUGGUGAAGUAAAUGCCGUUUCCUUUUCUCCAAGUGGGCAAAGCUUUGCUUCAGCUGGUGAUGAUAAAAUGGGUGUGAAGAAGUGGUAUCAAUGUUAUCACAGUAAAAAGUAUCCUGUGACCAAUUUUGUACAUAUUGAUAAUGCAAUAGAAAUUACAAACAACUUGGUAAGAAAUGAGAGUUUCGAAGUAGGAGCUCCAAAUGCUAAUAGCACUACCAUAGAGUCAAUGUGGCAAAGUGAAAAUCGUACAUCCUCUAAACCUAAUUCUGCAACAGUCGGUAAUUCACAAAAUGUACUUGGUCCUUUGAAUUCACAACGUCAUAGUGAAGGCAAGUCAGCUGAAUUUUCUUCGUACAGUGUAGGACAUAUAAGUCAUAUUCCACGCACACCUCCCACCCCAGGCACUUAUACAGUACCCAAAAUCAUCAGCAAAUCAAUUGGGAUAGAAAAAAACAAUGAAGAUAUUUUUGGUAUGAUCAAACUAGGGGAUAAUGAUGUUUGUUACACAAGUGGAGCAAUAGAGUGGGUUGGACGGAAAAGAAGUUUUCCUAUUAACAGUGGUUUUAAAAUUAUCAGUCAAACCAAUAGACAGAUAAGUGAGCCUGCUGUGAAAAAGGUAAGAAGAUUGAACACAACUUAUACAAAUGGGUUGGAUAAAAUAAAGGAGUGUGAUUGUGCUGAUGUGUUACCAACUGUUAAUGCAAUUGUUGAUCACUUGAAUGCACUACAUGAAGCUGUGGAUCUUGUUGAUUUAAGGCUUAACACUCUGGAAGAUGCAAUUAGCAAGAAUGAUUAGAAUUAGUGAAGUUAUUGAUACAACUUGUGAUAUUUUAUUGUUAUGAUGGAGUCAUUAAAAAAUAUAGUAUUUAUUUAA